AUGGCCACUACACGCACAAUUCUUGUCACCGGCGCAACUGGUAAACAGGGCUCCGCCCUAAUUGAUGCCCUCCUAGCCGCAGACAACACCAACACACCAAUCCACAUCAUCGCAGUUACGCGUGACACCACCUCUGGAAGUGCGAAAGCUCUAGCUUGCAGACCUAACGUAAGCGUGAUCGCAGGCGACCUGGCCGAUCCAGACGCCAUCUUCGACCAGGCCUCUACUAUAUCCGAAAAUCAAGGAGUAUGGGGCGUCUUCGGCGUCCAAAUCAACUCCCCCUUCGAAGAGCAACAAGGCAAAGCCCUCAUCACAACCGCCGCAGCCCGUGGAGUCGGCCACUUCGUCUACGCCUCCGGUGACCGCGGCGGUCCGCAAAAGUCAGAAGCCGAUCCCACCUUCGUCAAAAACUUCGCCGCCAAAUACGCAAUUGAGAAACAUCUGCAAAAGCUGGCAGCAGGUAAUAAUAAGCAGGGAAUGACAUACUCGAUCCUGAGACCGGUGACGUUCUUCGAGAAUAUGACGCCCGACAUCAACGGGAAGGGGUUUGCGCGCAUGUGGGAGCAAAUGGGUUCUCGUAAGCCGCUACAACUCGUUUCUACGCGGGACAUCGGCCGCGUUGCUGCAAUGGCAUUUUUAGAUCCUGGCAAGUACAGGAAUGUAGCUUUGACGCUGGUGGGUGAUGAGUUGACGCAGUCCGAGGCAGAAGUCAUUUUUCAGGAGGUGACUGGAGGGGAGCACAUGCCUAUGAUACCGUGUCCCGUGGGGAGUGCUGUUAAGUUCUUUAAGAAGGAUACUGUGGGGGAUAUGUUUCGGUGGUUUGAGGAGAAUGGGUAUGGGGGAGAUGUGGGUUGGUGCAGAGAGGAAUUUUCGGGGAUGAUGGAUUAUCGAACUUGGUUGCUGGAGAGGAGUGCUUUUGCUCAGAGGUCGAUGAGUGUCAAGUGA